AUGGUGUUCUACGUUAUUCUGUACUCGGACCUCGAAUCGGACUACAUUAACCCGAUCGACCUGUGCUCGAAGCUGAACAACUUUACGCUCCCGGAAAUGGGUGCGCACGCAUUCCUCACGACGCUUUUCCUGCUCUCGGGCCAGUGGAUUGCUUUCGUGAUCAAUGCUCCUUUGGUGGCCUAUAACGCGAACAAAGUAAUCAACAACAACUAUUUGCUGGACGCUACUGAGAUCUUCCGCACGCUCAUGAGCCACAAAAAGGAAAGCUUUAUCAAGUUGGGCUUCUACCUCCUGUCCUUCUUCUACUAUCUCUACCGUAUGAUUCUCGCGCUUGUUUCUGAGUAA